AGAUCCUGCGGUAUCGCUCGUACGCUAACGACGGGUUGCUUUGUUGACAGAGGUUUGCCUGAGGGCUUGUGCUGCUGCUGUGUACUCACGGCAUGUUUCGACUCAUGCUAGGGUCCUUGAAAGCCUCAAGGGCCAAGUGAUUAGUGUGUGUAUCCCUCACGGAGAAAGUAAUUACUAUUUUCGGUCUCUGCACUGCUACAGCACACGAAGAAUUUCAAUUCCCACCGGCCAUGAACUUGACCCCUGCGCUUCCAAGUGCGAACCCUCAGCGAGGCCGUGUAGCGUGACUUGGAGCGACCAUUGCGCGAAACUUGGCAAGCGCACCGGUCCCGUCCUUCAUGUGUUGUAGCGAGAACAGGUGCACAUAUCCUACAGCCAGUAGUAGCAGCAGAACUUCAAGAGAAAAGGAUUACUAGAUUGAAGUGUGCCGAUAAAGGGACGUCAGUCGUUGUAGGCCAAGGGAUCUGGACAUACAAAAACGCGGGUUGGUUUCUGCCAACCGCUCGAUUGCAGACUUCCGGCAGCUAGCACUGGAAGUUGGGCAAACUUCUGGUCCCGCAUCUGGUUUUAAGUAAACCAAUCCAAGCUGUCUGCGGUCUGUAACAAGUGCGCGAUAGUGUAAACGGGGCCCUCACGAUGACACUCAAAGAUUAUUCGCAAGGGAACGGGGUGCUGCAGACGACGAAUCUCAAGAACGGUGCGCAGAGCACCGAUAACAUGUCCGUUGCUAGCCAUAAAAGUACCAAGGAUAUUCUGGAUGUAAAAUUUACCAAAUCACAAGCCAAAGAUGAUUCGCAGGCCGUGUCGUACUUUAAACUGUUUCGAUUUGCCACGUGCGGCGAGAUCUGUGCUACAUUGAUCGGUAUUCUGCUGGCAUCGAUGGCAUCCCUCGGGCUGCCGUACGGUGUGAUUCUGUAUGGCGAGUUCACCACGCUACUCGUGGACCGUACGAUCGGCAUCGGCAAGUCCACCGAUACGGCCAUCCUCUCGAUCUUUGGCGGUGGCCGAGUGCUGAUCAACGCAACGGAGGAGGAGAACAGUGCCGCUAUCCUGGAGGAUGCCAAAGCAUUUGGGCUUGGUGUGGUAGCCGUUACAAUUUUGCAGUUCAUCUUCGCCACGCUCAGCGUUGACUGUAUCAAUCGAUCGGCACAACGACAGAUCAGUCGGAUAAGGCAUCUUUUUCUGCAGGCUGUCCUGCGCCAAGACAUGACCUGGUACGAUCUCAACAGUGAUGAUAGCUUUGCGGUACGCAUAACGGAUGAUCUGGAUAAACUUAAGGAAGGCAUUGGCGAGAAGUUGUCCAUCUUCACGUACCUGGUGAUGUCGUUCGUGAUUUCUGUGAUAUUUUCCUUCUUCUACGGCUGGAAGCUAACGCUCGUGAUCCUGAGCUGCGCCCCGAUCAUCAUUCUGGCGACGGCCUUCGUUGCCAAGAUGCAAAGUACGCUAACGGAGAAAGAGCUGAAGGCAUACUCGUCGGCUGGUGCCGUAGCGGAGGAGGUGCUCGGUAGCAUAAGGACGGUGGUGGCCUUCGGCGGUGAGCGCAAGGAACUGGACCGGUAUCGGGAGCGAUUGACAAGCGCAGAGUACAACGGGCGCAGGAAGGGUCUGUUCUCGGGCAUCGGUGGUGGUAUCAUGUGGUUUAUCAUCUACUGUUGCUACGCGUUGGCGUUCUGGUAUGGCAUCAGCUUGAUUCUGGAAGAUCGCGGAAAGGACGUCAAGGACUACACGCCAGCCGUACUGAUCAUUGUGCUGUUCGGUGUGCUUGCCGGUGCGCAAAAUCUCGGUCUUUCCUCGCCACAUCUGGAAGCGUUCUCGACGGCAAAAGGAUCAGCCGCUACGAUCUUUUCUGUGAUCGAUCGUGUCCCGGUGAUCGAUUCGCUUGGAGAUGCUGGUCUAAGGCCCGGGAAGGUCUUGGGUAACAUCAAGUUUUCCAACGUGUUCUUCCGCUAUCCGGCCCGCAAUGAUGUGCAGGUACUGCAAGGGUUGAAUCUGGAGAUUGAAACCGGACAAACGGUAGCCCUGGUCGGUCCGUCCGGUUGCGGCAAAUCGACCUGCCUGCAACUCAUCCAACGCCUGUAUGAUCCCUUGAGUGGCUACGUUACCAUCGAUGGUACGAAUGUAAGCGAGCUGAACAUUGGCUGGUUGCGUUCGAUGAUAGGCGUAGUAGGCCAGGAACCGGUACUUUUCGCCACCACUAUCGCCGAAAACAUCCGCUACGGUAAUCCGGAGGCCAGUCAGGGUGAGAUCGAGCGUGCCGCCAAAAUAGCCAACUGUCACAGCUUUAUCAUGAAGCUCCCGAACGGCUACGGUACGAUGAUUGGUGAACGAGGAGCACAGCUAUCGGGUGGACAGAAGCAAAGGAUUGCCAUCGCACGGGCAUUGGUACGGAACCCGAAGAUAUUGCUGUUGGAUGAGGCCACCUCUGCACUCGAUCCCAGUUCGGAACGACGGGUUCAGGAUGCGCUGGAGCGUGCCAGCAAGGGCCGUACCACGUUGGUGGUAUCGCACCGGCUCUCGACCAUUACCAACGCAGACAAGAUCGUCUACAUCGACAAAGGUGUCGUGAUGGAGCAAGGCACGCACGAACAGCUAAUGGCUAGCGGAGGACUGUACUAUGACCUGGUCAUUGCUAGCGGAUCUCAGAAGAGUGCAGAUGCCGACGAUGGGGACGUGACGCUCGCCAAGAGCAGCUCCUCGAUGCGCCAAGAUUCGGUCGAGGAGGCAGACUCGUCGGACGAUGAAUCGGAAAGUGGUAAAUCGGACGCAAAGAAUGAGGAAGAGCAGGAGGAGGUGUAUCCGGUGUCACUGAUGCGCUUACUGAAACUCAACUCGCCCGAGUGGCCGUACAUUCUUUUCGGUUGUUCCGCGGCCAUCGUUGUGGGAGCAUCGUUCCCGGCCUUUGCCGUGCUGUUCGGAGAAAUGUAUGGCAUACUCUCCGUUGCUGAUCCUGAGUACGUGAAGGAAGAGUCAAACUUCUACUCGUUGUUGUUCCUACUGCUGGGACUGAUCACCGGCCUGGGCACCUUUUUCCAGACGUAUCUAUUCAACAUUGCUGGCGUCCGGUUAACGUCCCGCCUGCGCCAGAAGUCCUUCAAGGCGAUCAUCAGCCAAGAGAUGGCCUGGUUCGACGAAAGCCGCAAUGCUGUCGGUGCACUUUGCGCGCGACUCUCUGGUGACUGUGCGAGUGUACAGGGUGCCACUGGUACACGUAUCGGUUCGCUACUGCAGGCCGCAUCUACUAUCUGCAUCGGUGUCGGUAUAUCGUUCUUCUACUCCUGGAACCUAACACUGGUGUCGAUCGUCGCCAUCCCCGUUACAUUGGCAUCCAUAACGCUCGAAUCGCGCUACAUGGAGUCGAGCGGCCUGAAGGAAAAACAAUCUCAGGAAGGUGCCACACGACUUGCCGUUGAAGCCAUCUCGAACAUACGCACUGUGGCUAGCCUUGGCCAGGAGCGACACGUGCUGGAUCGUUACAGCAAAGAAACGGUGAAGAUUGACGAAGCAUGUCGCAAGAAGACCCGGCUGCGCGGUACAGUAUUUGCCUUGGGCCAAGUGAUGCCCUUCGCUGGAUACGGUUUGGCUCUAUUCUAUGGUGGCAAGCUGGUAUCGGAGAAAGAGUUGGAGUACAAGGAUGUCAUAAAAGUCUCAGAAGCACUUAUCUUCGGUGCAUGGAUGUUGGGACAAGCGCUGGCCUACGCACCGAACGUUAAUUCGGCCAUUCUGUCGGCUGGUCGGCUCAUGAAACUCCUCGACCGUACGCCGAGAAUGCACAAUCCCUCUACGUCCUACCAUCCAUUAUCGCAGCGUACCGAGGGAGACAUCAAGUUCACGGACGUUGAGUUCCGCUACCCGACCCGCCCCACCAUACCGGUGCUGCAAGGAUUGAAUCUCGACAUUGGCAAGGGACAAACGGUGGCCCUGGUAGGACCGUCCGGGUGUGGUAAAUCGACCUGCAUACAGAUGCUGCUCCGGUACUACGAUCCAGACAGUGGCAAAGUGGACAUCGACGGCAUCACCUCAACGGACUACUCGCUGAAUCGCAUUCGAUCGCAGAUGGGCUUGGUGUCACAGGAACCGGUACUGUUCGACCGCACGAUAGCGGAAAACAUUGCAUAUGGCGACAAUACGAGAGAAAUACCGAUGCCGGAAGUACUCGAGGCGGCGAAGAUGGCCAAUAUUCACGAAUUCAUUGUCAACCUACCGAAGGGCUACGAUACGAGUCUUGGCACGAAGGGUGCCCAGCUGUCCGGUGGUCAGAAACAACGUAUUGCCAUCGCACGGGCGUUGGUACGUAAUCCAAGGGUACUACUGCUCGAUGAGGCGACGUCAGCACUCGACAACCAGAGUGAAAAGAUUGUUCAGAACGCGCUGGAUCAUGCGCGAACCGGCCGGACCUGUAUCAUCAUUGCUCAUCGGUUAACCACCAUACAGAAUGCGGACCUGAUCUGCGUCAUCCAGAACGGUGUGGUAGUAGAGUCCGGCACUCAUGACGAACUGCUGUCGGCGAACCGCAUCUACGCUAAGCUGUACCAGAUGCAGCAGGUGUCAUAAGGAGAGAACAAUUAAGGGGAUUUCCGUGCUGGAAUUUCCCCUCCCUGUUCGUACGUUCCUAAUCGCAAGCAUCCUGCUCGCCUCGAACACACCUUCGAGUUGCCUUCGCUCAUAUGUUGCAAACGAUAGCCAUCAGAAAGAAGACAGCGUAUAGAAAAAGAGUAGUAGAGUCCAGCUACCGAGCAACAAGAGUCUAAGACUUAACGAAAUGUGCCGUAUCGGUGGUAGAUGGUGUGUAUGAUAAUAGUACAACCGAGCGCGUGCAGCUUUCGAACUCGCGCCUCCAUACGAGCCUUCCAGUGCUGCCUUUGUUUAGCUUUUUUUCGGCUAAUAAGAUAUGCUAGUGCAACGAUUGCUGCUUCGGUUUAUACGCAACGUGAUAUACUAAGCGCCUCCUUUUAGAAGAUAAUUCUUUUAGUGUUAAUCGAUACCGAAGUUACCGAUCGAUGCCUAGCAGGCGGCAUUCUCCAGCGUCAAUCGCAGUCAAUGCUCGACAUAGCGGGUUCUUGGUUCGAAUGGCCUCUGUACCGUGUAGAUAUAGAUAUAGGCUGAAGUUAAGAUAAAUUUGGCAGCUUUUUUGAUUGCAUCUCAGCAACGCACAAACCCCAAAACCAUACAGCAAGCAGUUGACAAAGCAUGUACACUACCAACAGUGAUAAGCGACGCCGAAUGCACAAUAUCCCACAGUAUGACUGUUCCCAUUUCCGACCGCAAUCUUAGGGUGGUGGGGUUUCGGGGAGCCACACACACUUGCAAAUAUUUAUCUCAACGAAUGCGCUCAGCAGUGUAAUUGAUAAGGAUGAGAUGAUGCCGAAGGAUGGUUGCCAAGUGGAAAAGACAUACGACACGUCCGUGUCUCUCUCGCUUACAUCAUUGGUGAAGUAUAAUAAUCAUAAGCCAACGAUCACUCCACUCCACUGUCUAUCUCUCUCUUCCCCUCUUUUGCUCUAUCUCUUAGUCGGACACAAUAAUACACCUGUUACCACCUUCUAGUAUGAAUAAAGUAAA